AUGAAUCUUCCCAUAGAAAUAUGGUCAUUAAUCAGUGACCAUCUAGACGGAAAUGAUUUAAUCAAAACGAGAAUGACAAAUCAUUGCAUGUGGCAAAAGCUACAGGAUAAUGAACUGUGGAGACCUAAAUUGGAAGACUUUUACUCUUUAAAUAAAGACUGUGAGUAUCAACAGUACCAAGAUAAAGGGCAGUUGUUUCAACUGUAUGCUAAGAAAAGAUCGAUCAAGAGUCAAUUAAAAGGCUGGCUUUUGAAUCUCUGUAAUGGAACCGGCCAGUUAAAGGACUUUCAGUAUUGGAGGAAUGAUUUGGUCCCCAUUUUUCUUCAAUUACAGAAUGAAUUUCAAGACAUUGAACGUUUGACUGAACGAUUUUUCAUAUCUAAUUGUCUUCAAGUUCAUAGAUACUCCAUUUUCUACCAACUGCUGUUGAGCGUGUGUCAGAAAAAAAAAGACUUAUUGUUGGAAGACGUUUUCAUCGCAUUCCAUGCCCUUCAUGAUAGUUUUUAUGACAAUUUCAAGAGGCGAAAUCAAGUUUACAAAAGAUUGACAAAGAGCCAAAUAGUUGAAAAAAACUUCUUGUCGAAUACUCAAGUUGUUCUUACCAUUUUACAAGCUCUUCGACGUUCCAAUCUUACACUUCUUCAUCCAUUGGAACUGUCAGCAAUGGCGCAGAAAGCAUGUUUGCAAUUAGGAAUCAAGACAACCAUACACAAAAUGUUCUUAGAGGUCUCUGAUCCAACCUAUAAAUCUGGUUCCAGCUUUCUGUAUAUAUCAAAAGACCAAGUGUUAUCUUACAGUCGGGAGAAUAUGUUCAGACUUCUGGCGAGAAGAAGCAUAAACUUUACGGAUCUAGAGGUGUCAAUUCCUCAGUUCAUUGAGCGACUAUGCUAUCAUCUUAAUUUGAGUCCGUUUGUUGUGUCAUUGUACCGGAUUUUCUGUCAGAAUGACUGUUCUUACUUCGAGUUCCAGACUCACAAGACAAUAGUCGGUGACUUUUUAAGAAAACAGUUCCAGCUUCAUUUGCCUGUGCUCCAGAAUUUAUUUCCCAAUUUUCAAGAUUUUGGCGUUGUUGAAUUGGACAUAUCGUCGUUACAAAAAGACUACGUGACUUGCCUCUACUCGUACCUCUAUCUUACCAACCAGCAUAGCUCUACGCAGUUUCCUAUUGGCAGCGUUAUCAAAACAAGAAACAAUGAGUCUGCGGCAAUCAUAGGAAACAAGGUUCAAAGAGAUUUUGUAGGUACGAACAAAGUGGUUAUCUACUAUCACUGCCUGACAAACAAGAAUGCGCCAGUGAUAUGCCAAGAAGGAUCCAUCAUCAGGCAGAAAGUUGAGGAUGUCAACGAGUUAUUCCCCAAUUUAGACGAGCUAGGAUGUUUUUUCAAACGCUAUGACAAAUCGAGUGGAAUGUUUGUCCCCAAUAUCUACUUGGAGCGGUAUUUGCAUAUAUCUGUGAAGUAG